UCAGCCUACAUGAAAUCAAAGAUUGCUUCCUUGGAAAUACAACUUUUUUAUAUAUCAUGCUGAUUGUCACCCAGUGUAACUAUGGUUUAUAGUUAUUUUAAUUCCUAAUAAGGCAUAUGGGUGUCUUUUUAACCGUUGUCUCUCUUGAUACUCUCCGAGAACUUGACUUGAAAGGGUGACCACUGAGGACAAUAAAAUUGCCAUCUAAAUUAAUACAUGUACCGUUAUGACUGAAUAUCAAGUCAAUUGGUAAAUCUGGGAGUUACUUAUAACAUGGACUCCGAACUAAAGGUCUAAAUCUGAAGUAAUGGCAGGAGUGAAUCAUGGCCGAGGACUGAUGCUGGCGGUCAGUGCAGGUGUCAUGGCAGCCCUCGGUUCUGUCUCAGCCAAACUGGCCACUAGUGACCACAUCAUUAUGGACAUCUGUCAAAUCAUCAUCAGGAGUGGCAUUUGCCACCAGCUGAGUCUUGUGAUGAGGAUUUUGUUUUUUGCUCUGAUAUUUGUUUGUAAUGGCAUGAUGUGGACUCUCUUUACCAAGUCCCUCCAGUUCUGUUCGUCAACAGCUGAAGCAACAGUUACAAACACAGCCUCCAACUUCCUUAUCAGUGCCUUGAUGGGAGUAGCUCUGUUCAAUGAGACCCUCUCCCUGCGAUGGUGGAUUGGAGCCAGUUUGAUUGUUACAGGACUUCUGCUGAUUCACAGGGCAAAUAGAAAAGAAAGUGAAGAGAAAAAUAAAACAGACUGAUUUCCAGAUGUCAUGACUUUUCCCCCCCAAAAUAUUUUGUAUUUGUGUAAAUACACUUCAACCAUCAAGGAUAUAGUGAGAUUUUUUGUUUACAAGAAAGAGAUGAUAGUUUUAAAUUGUUAUUGUAAUGUUGUUUUUUUUUUUGGGGGGGGGGGGUGUUUUUUUUUUUUAUAUAACUGGCAACAACAACAUUGAAAUGAACUUUUAAUACUAUCAAUUUCUUUCAAAAAAAACUUUUUUAUAUUUAUAAGUUGAGUGGAUGAAAGAGUGAAAGAAUUGAA